AUGGCUAAGAGCGAUUCCAACGAGGCCACUGAGCCUCGGGCUGGGGGAAAGAAAACGAAAAAUUUGUUUCCAGCAGUGAGCCCAAGCAAGGGCUGGAGUGGGUCCCACGCAACUCGGGCUAGCCCGAAGGCUAGUUCAGCCCAAGGUCCAAAACGAGGGCUGUUGCUGACGCCAGGCUGGCGUUAG